AUGUUUUAUAACAGAAAACAGUCAAACACAUUUGAAAAUGUGUCAGCAUUCGCAAGCAAAAAUAAAAUUAGAAUUUUAAUUGUAGUAGUACUAGUAAUUUAUUUACUUUCAUUUGUAUCAUUUAAAUCGAAUAUUGAAAACAAUAAUAAUAAUAAUAAUAAUAAUAAUAACGCCAAUAAUAAUAAUAAUGCCAAUAAUAAUAUCAAUAAUAAAAAUAUUAAAAUUAAUAAAAAUACAAUUCAACAAUGUAGUGAAGAACAAAGUACAUGUGAAAUUGAUAAUGUAACACAAUAUGAUUCAGCAAUUGUUGUAUUAGGAUAUUCAUUACAUUCAGAUGGUAUGCCAACACAAAUUUUAAAAGAGCGUGUUGUAUUGGCAUGUGAAUACUAUACCAAAUUGAAUGAUGUUGAAGGUGGUAAAACCAAAUUAAUUCUAUCAGGUAAAGGUAAAGAAGAACAAAGUGAUCCAGAUAAAGCAUUCAAUUCAGAAGCUGAGGCAAUGAAUGAAAUAGCUCUACAAAAUGACGUCUCACCAUUUGACAUCUUGAUUGAAAACAAUUCAUCCAAUACUGCUGAAAAUGCACGUUUCACUUUAAACUAUCUUCAAAAAAUUGGUGUUCAAAGAUUAUUCAUUGUUACAUCUGAUUUCCAUGUUUUAAGAUCACAAUAUAUUUUUCAAACUGUUUUCCCACCUGAAUUUGAUUUAAUAUUUGUUGGAGCACAAACACCAUUAAAAGUACAAAAAUCAAAGAGAGAUAGUGAGAAAAUAUUAUUUAAGAAUGCAAAGAGUGAUUUGGAGUCGAUUGGAGCAUUAGAGAUACCAGGUGAAAAGAUUGAAGGAUAUCAUCCAUAUCGUAAUUUACCAAGAUGGAGAAUGAUUGAAAGGGAAUUAAAUUUAGAUAAUAGACAAGUUGAAGGUAGUAAAAUGGCUGAUUAUGGAUCUAAUCAAGGUUUCUUUUCAAUUCAAUUGGCACAGAAAUUCCCAGAGGCAACAGUGUUUAGUUUUGAAGGUGAAGCUAUGAACGAAUAUAAAUCAGCCGCAUCAAUACACGAGAGUAAAAUCAAUGAAUUAGGCCUAACCAAUAACUAUCUAUGCAAAACUCGUAUACUUCCAUCAAUGUUUGAACAAUUGACACAACAAUACAAUCAUCUCUACGAGUACCAAUUUUGUUUAUCAAUUUUCCAUUGGUUCGAUAUGAAAACUCAACAACAUUUCGAAGAUACUCUAUCCAAUCAUUUAAUAUCAUCACGUACCACUUUCAUAGAGUUACCAGAGGCAAUGAAUUACAAAGGUAAGGAGGGUCAACAUGCAUGGAAUCGUGUUAACAUUUGGUAUGCCAAUCGUACCGAAGAUGAAAUACUCUAUGACAUUAGAGAGAAAUAUAACAUUCCAAAAAUGACUUGGAAAACUUUAGGUGCCAUCCUUCAUGAAAAUAAUACUGUUAGAAAAUUAAUUAGAGUUGAUGUUAACUUUGAAAAUGAUAUUCGUAAACCAUUACAAAAAUCAACUUUAAUUCAAGAUAUUUAUAAUUGUGGUCAAUUAAUGCAUUAA